AUGUCAUGCCAAACCACUCGCAAGAGGAGCAAAUGCAAUGAGGAGUGUCUAGAUCGCAUCGCUGCCAGACUACACCGUCUCGAUGCCGAGUCUUUUUCGGUUGCGGGACUGAUGAGCAGUCAGGGCGACUCGGCUGCGUGCGAGGAUUCGUGCUGUGUUGAAGAAGCUACGGUUUCGUCUGCUGAUGAGAUUGGCAAUGACUCCUGCUGUACCGUUACGAAGGCUUCUGAAUCCGCAUCAUUCGAGGGAAAGAUUGAGGGCGUUGGAUCUGGAUCUGGAUACUUCAAUGAUGAGAAGGCUGGUGAGACGAGCGAUGGAUGCUGCAGCAAGGACGAGAGCGGGGCCGCUGACUACUGCUGUUCUUCUGAGAAAGUCACCAAAGUCACCUCUGCAUGUUGUGCAAGGUCUAUGAAGCCGAGCAGUGGUUGUGAUGUUCAGUAUGGGAAGGAAGCUGCAGAUGACUGUUGCUCUUCUGAUAGAGCCACCCAAGCGAACUCUGGAUGCUGCGCACCGACCACAAACGCAAGCCGUGGAUGCUGCAGCGAGAACGAUCUUCCCGACAAGGCAGUGAUUACAGGCUCCACGGCCAUGAAGCAAAAGUGCAACGCUUCUCCCUCAACGGUAGAAUUGAGCUGCUCUGCGGGUGAGAAGGCAUGUGGUACUUCCCCUUCAAAUAAGUCUGAUUGCUGCAUCAAGUCCCCGAAUUCGAGCUUGAUAUCAGUCAAAGACUGCAACGAUACUUGCUUCCAGGAGGAGGACGCUCCAAGCUCAGCUCCAUCAGCAGAUGUCAACAACUUUCAGUCUACGAUGAAUCGCCUCGAGGCAAUGCUGAAAAAAGGCCAAUGUCUCUGUCGUCGUGUCAAAGAGCAGUAUGGCUUUAAUUGCUGCGACCCUGCAUCUGCUACGGCUGGGCUAGUAACACGUAAGAGGGGUGCUUCUCCUACCCCAUCUAAGAAGAGUUCUACAGAGGACAAAGCAUUUGCAGUCUCGAGUGCGACUGCAAUCCACACUCGCUGCUCAUUUGAUGCUUCGGACGAGGUCAAGAAUAGGAAGAAAGAGGCUACCGUCAAGUCGCACGCCCAUCCGGUAGACAUCGAGAAAGAUUCUGCCAGAGAGCACGUCGUUCUCGAUGUGUCCGGCAUGACUUGCACGGGAUGCAGCAAGAAGAUGAUGAAUGUCCUCAACGGCAUCUCAGGCUUGUCCAACGCCCAGGUGACAUUUGUAUCUGGAAAUGCCGAGUUCGAUCUGGAUCUAGCCGUGGCUGGAAAAGCUGAAGAUGUACUGGCUCGCGUAGAGAGGGAGACUGGCUUCAAGUGCUCUCGCCUGAUCAGCGGACUUCAUGUCCUGCACGUCAUGAUGUCCCCUGCAGCUGCCAAGGGAAUCUCAGAUGCUUUGCCCACAGGUGUGAUGUCUGUUGUUAAAGACAAGAAGAACAAGGACAACUACUACAUCACAUACAACCCUCGGGUAGUGGGAGCUCGGUCUCUAUUGCCACCUACUGCCAAUCUUGCACCUCCGCAAGACUCUGUCGGUGUUGCAGAAGGUAAAAGGCGACUGAUUAGUACUGCGACGAGCACCGUGUUAGCAGCCGUUUUGACAAUCCCUGUGGUUGUUCUCGAAUGGUCUGACAAUCAGUUGCCAUCCGAAACGGUAGAGCUGGUAGCACUGAUCCUGGGUACUGGUGUGCAAGCAAUUGCUAUUCCCGAAUUCUAUAUUGGAGCCGUCAAGUCACUGAUCUACAGCCAUGUCAUUGAAAUGGAUAUGCUGGUCGUCAUCAGCAUCACGUCUGCGUACCUCUACUCGGUCGUCGCAUUUGGUCUUCAGCGAGCAGGGGUGAAUCUGGAACAAGGACCAUUUUUCGAGACCAGUACGCUUCUCAUCACCCUCGUACUUCUCGGGCGACUUAUGGCCGCUUGGGCAAGGAUGAAAGCCCUAUCUACCGUUUCACUUCGCACUCUUCAGGCAGAUACGGCCUUACUGAUCGGACCAUCUGGUGAGCCGACGAAAGUCGAUGCCAGGCUACUACAACUUGGCGACUCUAUCGUGAUACAUCCGCACAGCCGCGUCGUUACAGAUGGCUCUGUGUCACACGGAACAAGCGAAGUCGACGAAUCCAUGGUCACUGGCGAAAGUCUUCCCGUAUCAAAACAGAGGGGUGACAUUUUGAUUGCUGGUACGAUCAAUGGAUCUGGCACUCUUCACGUGCGCCUUACCCGCCUGCCAGGAGAGAACAGUAUCACUGACAUUGCCACACUGGUGGAGAAAGCCGUUGCUGCGAAGCCAAGGGUUCAAGACCUUGCCGACAGGUUCGCCUCUUACUUCAUACCGGCUGUCGUUGGCAUCGCUGUCAUUGUCUUCUGCAUUUGGAUUGCAAUCGCAAUUCAGAUACGCAAUCGCAAUGGAGGUGGUGCAGUUGGUCUCGCUAUAACUUAUGCCAUAGCUGUGCUGGCCAUUUCGUGUCCAUGUGCUCUCGGCUUGGCCGUGCCCAUGGUUCUUGUUAUCGCUGGUGGAGUCGCUGCACGAGCUGGUGUUGUUAUCAAAGCUGCAGACGCUAUCGAGAGGAGCCAUAGGAUCACUGAUGUCGUUUUUGAUAAAACAGGAACAUUGACCGAGGGCGAUCUCCAGGUGAUACACAUGCAAGCCCUCCCUUUGAAUGGGCUAUCGGAAGAUGAGAUCUUGAUCCUUGGAAAGACGUUGGUUGAGAGCAAUGAGCAUCCUGUUUCUGUUGCGGUGGCGUCUCACCUGGCUGAAAUUGACAUGUCCUCAGGCUCGAAGCCUAGAGUGGAGAACGUUACUUCUAUCCCAGGUGGCGGCAUCGAGGCUCACUAUCGAGGCUCUCUGAUCAAAGCGGGAAACCCCUAUUGGCUCAACUUGGAACACCACUCGGCCGUCUUAGGACUGCUAGAGCAAGCCAUGACAAUCCUCUGCAUCACUCUGGCACACGAAUUGAUCCUUGUUAUCGGUCUUAAAAGCUCCCUUCGGUCGAAUGCAGCAAAUAUCAUAGCCGACCUUCACCGCCGAAAAAUCACAACGCACAUUGUCAGUGGCGACAACCCAGCGGCUGUACUCGACAUCGCUCGCACCCUCGGCGUCGAAGAAUCCAACAUUCGCUCCCGCAGUUCUCCCUCUCAGAAACAGGAAUACGUACACACUCUCCAAAACACGUCUUCACCAGGUAACAAGAAGCGAACCGUUCUCUUCAUAGGCGACGGCACGAACGAUGCCGUGGCUAUCGCCCAAUCAGACGUUGGAGUCCAGAUGGGAUCCGCUUCAGACGUCACGGGCGCUAUCUCGGACGUUGUGAUACUCUCGCACGAUCUAUCGGGAUUAAUCACGCUGCUGGAUUUGUCGAAGCGGGCUGUGAGAAGGAUUCAGUUCAACUUUGUGUGGAGUGGUGUGUAUAAUCUGUUUGCAAUCUUGUUGGCGGCGGGGGCCUUUGUGCGGGUGAGAAUUCCGCCGGCUUAUGCGGGUUUGGGAGAGAUUGUCAGUGUUGGACCUGUGAUUUUGGCGGCUGUUUCUUUGAUGUGGAGCAAAAAGGUAGGAGUUAGAAGUCAAUGA